CGGCACUGUUACAGAUAAACAAUAUGGCAAUGUCCGUACAGUGCCUCACGUCUGCUGGGAGAUUUUUCUUACAAAGACAUUUACUGAAGAAGAAUUCGAUAAGCAGGUUCACUGCUGGACCGCACAGACUCUUGGCUACCCAAGCUGCUCACCAGGUGGCGCUAAAUGUUCCUGAAACCAAGGUGACUGCUUUAGAGAACGGACUCCGGGUGGCAUCUGAGGACUCGGGGCUCCCCACCUGCACAGUGGGCUUGUGGAUAGAUGCCGGGAGUCGCUAUGAGAACGAGAGAAAUAACGGCACAGCGCACUUUCUGGAGCACAUGGCAUUUAAGGGCACCAGGAAACGCUCUCAGCUUGAUCUGGAGUUGGAGAUCGAGAACAUGGGGGCUCACCUGAAUGCCUACACAUCCCGCGAGCAGACUGUUUACUACGCCAAAGCUUUCUCCAAGGAUCUUCCGAGAGCUGUGGAGAUUCUGGCUGACAUCAUCCAGAACAGCACGCUGGGAGAGGCGGAGAUCGAGAGGGAGCGAGGGGUGAUCCUUCGAGAGAUGCAGGAAGUGGAGACCAAUCUGCAAGAGGUGGUCUUUGAUUAUCUGCAUGCUACAGCGUACCAGUCCACAGCGCUGGGAAGAACCAUCCUGGGCCCCACUGAGAACAUCAAGACCAUCAACAGAGGAGACCUGGUGGAGUAUAUCACCGCUCACUAUAAAGGACCCCGAAUAGUGUUGGCUGCUGCUGGAGGUGUCUGUCAUGACGAGCUCAUCGAUUUGGCCAAGUAUCACUUUGGAAAACUUCCCAGCAGACAUCAAGGCGAAGCCCCGGCUCUUCCUCCGUGCCAUUUCACAGGAAGUGAGGUGGAUGCAAAUGAAGGGUGAUGCUCAGACCUGUCCACGCCUUGGAAAAUGUUUAAAACACACAUAUUACUUAAGAUGCCUUAAAUCCAGUUCAGGUGGGUCUACAAGUGAAUAUGACUCUAGUCAGAUGGCACGUGAGUUUUCUGCACAUAUAUUUUUUUUAAUAUAUUUUUAUUAGGAUUUUUUUCAUAGUAACAGACAAUGACAAAAAGAACAAGAACCAGAACAGAACUUAGCUCAGGCAAUACAAGAUUCUGAGCCACAUACAAACCACAACCUCUCCAGGAAUCAAAACAAAUCACGGUAAGAUCGGUAAGGGAAAGCCUCUGCACACGGUUUAGAUCUUCAGUCGGACUUGGAUCAUCCAGCUGACUGCAUCAUGCAGGUUCAUGCAGGCUGUGCUUUCUAGUUCACACGGCAUCAGGCUUUCAUUAAUGGAAACCUUUUAGAUGAAGAAGGCGAUAGAUGUGUCGGAUAUUCCCUGAAAUGAACGAUUAUACUGCAGCUGGACAUGCUCGGGAGACGGUGAGAUAUUGUUUAGAGGAGUAACCAGAACAAGUUUGCUCUCAAGUAUUUAAAGUGGUUUAAAAGACGUGUAAAAACAGUCAUGAAUUCAGUUUCUAUGUACACCUGUGCAUCCUGUCGUCUGCUGCUCGUCUCACAGAUUAGAUUUGCUCUUUAACCCAGCUCUGCCUUCAAAACAAAAGCGUUGACAGUUCCCCACUAACUCCUGCCGGCCUGUAUCACAGCACUGACAACUGUAGAUGCUUCCAGUAGACCCCAGUUAAGUAUUUGUGUGCUUUCCAUCAUUCGUUGACUGUGAAACUGGUGCAGAGUUUCACUUCAAGUUAUUAAAAAAGCUUUAAUUUGGUGAAUGCUUCAGGACUCUGUUACGGUUUCAGAUCCGAGUGCGUGACGACAAAAUGCCGCUCGCUCACAUCGCCAUCGCCGUGGAGGCCGUCGGAUGGUCUCACCCCGACACAAUCCCACUCAUGGUCGCCAACACGCUCAUUGGAAAC